CAACAGAGCAGUGCAGAGUGGAGUGUGUGAGCACCGCACAAACUGCACCAAUAACAAGACACCGAGUUCAGCGAAUGAAGUGAACUGUUCGAGGGAACAUGUCAACAGCACACGAAAACAAGACUACUCGAGCUGGCACAUAAAGGACGAUGAAAAGGAGGAAAAGUCUACACUGAGAGAAGGAAAAAUGGAUGCAGGACUCCAUAUUGUACGUUUAGCAACAAAUCUACUCUGGCUGUUUUGCUAAAUUCUCCUUUAGUUUCUCAUCAAGUCUACCACGUUUUCUUCUGUACAUUCAACAUUUUAGCCCCUCAUCAGUUUUAUCAAAUAGAACGGUCACCUAUACAACUUCUUGACCGUGAAAUCAAAAAUAAACCACAGAAUGUACCAAGUAGUACCGGGAGGCGCAGGUGGAACCAUAAUUGAUGGCGUGCCCAUUAAGAAGAUGAACAAGGACAGUCGGCCUCUUGUGGGGGCUGGAGUUAUUGGUGUGAUUCUGGUGAUUGCGGCCGUGACAGCAUGGUGUUACUAUAUAGCCUCUCUACGUAAAGCUGACCUGUUGAAGACAGAAUUACUUGAUCUGAAUAAGGAUGGUUUUCUCAUCCGCAACCAGGCUGGGGGGAUUGUCUUGAAGAUGGGAUUCAGGUCUGGCAUGCUUGAUCUCGACUCCUGCUCUAAAGAGGGAGUGAUCCUUCGUUGCUCGCAUUCAUAUGCAGGUAAGGUGAACUUCUUCAUUAUGACGGUGAAGCCAAAGGAGACAGUGAUGUGUUACCGUGUGCGCUGGGAAGAGCUGGAGUCUGACCGGCCUGUGGAACACGCUAUGUCCUACAACGAAUCGUACUGGUAUGGUGGUGCUGAGACUGCUGUUCAGCAUUGGCCUAUUGUCAUCUCAGGCCAGCAGGCACCCAAACCUUUUGUCACCAGCGAUGUGUACUCCAAUCGUCAUGACUUUGGUGGCAUCCUGGAGCGCUACUGGCUAUCAUCCAAUGCCACUGCCAUUAAGAUCAAUGACUCUGUGCCCUUCCACCUGGGCUGGAAUGACACAGAGAAAACCAUGUACUUCCAGGCACGAUAUCAGGACAGUCCAUAUAAACCUGCACUUGGAAGGCCUCCCUAUGCUGAGCUCAGCUACAGAGUCUGUGUGGGCCCAGAUGUGACCUCCAUCCACAAGGUGAUGGUUCGGAGAUACUUCCCCAAACCCAACAAAGUGCCUGCUAAGGAAAUGUUCCGGCACCCCAUAUGGUCAACAUGGGCUUUACAUAAGACCGACAUCAACCAGGAAAAGCUUUUGAGUUAUGCAGAGAAUAUACACAAAUAUGGCUUUAACUGCAGCCACUUAGAACUUGAUGAUCGCUACACUAGUCAAUACGGGGAGUUUGAGUUGGACUCACAGAAAUUCCCAAACGCUUCUGCCAUGUUUCAGAAGCUCAAGGCAGAUGGCUUUCUCAUUUCUCUGUGGACACAUCCCUUUGUGAAUUAUGAUUCUGCUAAUUUUGGGCCAUGUGUACAGAAAGGCCUGUUCGUGAUGGAGCCAACAGGCCAGCUUCCUGCUCUGGUAAAGUGGUGGAAUGGCAUUGGUGGAAUCCUUGAUUUCACCAAUUCAGAAGCUCGAAACUGGUUCAUGUCCCAGCUUCGCUCUUUACGCUCCAAAUAUGGUGUUUCCUCAUUCAAAUUGGAUGCAGGCGAGACGAACUACUUACCUUGGCAGUUCCGAACCCGAGCCCACCUCCCUGACCCAAGCACCUUUACGAGGCGGUACACUGAAAUGGCCAUUCCUUUCAAUGAGCGUGCCGAGCUUCGCUCUGGCUAUGGUUCUCAAAACAUCUCCUGUUUCUUCCGUCUUAACGAUCGGGAUUCUGUGUGGGGCUAUGAGCUUGGCCUAAAGUCUCUGAUCCCAACUGUCCUCACCAUUAGUAUCCUGGGCUACCAGUUCAUCCUUCCAGACAUGAUUGGAGGCAAUGCCUAUCCCAACCGUACUGAUGGGAAUGGAAAACUGCCGGACCGUGAGCUCUAUAUCCGCUGGCUUGAGCUUUCUGCUUUCAUGCCCUCUAUGCAGUUCUCCAUUCCUCCAUGGGAGUACGAUGAUGAAGUGGUGGCUAUCGCUCAGCGGUUCACUGAACUACAUGCAACACUGGUGGCUCCCAGAGUUAUAGAAUUGGCUGGAGAAGUUCUGGACACCGGAGACCCCAUAAUUCGCCCAUUAUGGUGGAUAGCCACCAGUGACGAAACUGCUUAUAGAGUUGACUCACAGUUUCUGAUAGGAGAUGACUUGAUGGUGGCACCAGUACUGGAGCCGGGAAAGCAGGAAAGAGAUAUCUACUUACCGGCUGGACGCUGGAAAAGUUACAAAGGAGAACGAUUUGAUAAUAAAGAGCCAAUACAUCUAACUGAUUAUCCUGUGGAUCUUGAUGAAAUUGCAUAUUUUGAAUGGGAUCAGUGAGACUUAUGGAAAACAUCUGGAGUUUGUGCACGUCUUCCAUGCAAAGCAUUUGCAAAGUUGUUGAUGUCUUUGUUUGUUGCUUCUGGGAACUGACAAGUUUUUUUCACAUCAUAUCCAGGGUUUGAAUGCUACUAUGUAAAAACAGGACAACAUGCCUCUAUUUAUGAAGGUCACUGUUGUACAUGAUUCACUUUUAAAGAAAAAAUCAUUUUAGAUGUUAAUUUUUUUUUUGUGCCAUUACAAUAGUUAAACAUGAUAUACAUGGCUAAAGCUCAUGCAUUAAUCCGUGCCUUUGCUUUAACAGUGAAUGUCUUUGAGAUGCCGUAAUUUUUGAUCUGAGCCUUAAUAUUAAUAGAAACCAGCCUCCACACAUACAGCUGGCCAAAUAAACCAACCGUACAGUUGUUAGAGGUUAUGGAUGUAUUGUAAGGGCUGUGACUGGUUAUUAUGUACAAUGUAUGUGCAAAAUAUCUAUUUAAAGGAAUAGUUCACCAAAAAAUACGAAUUCUGUUAUUUUGUUUACUCACCCUCAUGUUGUUCCAAACCUGUAUGAAUUUCUUUCUUCCAUAGAAAGCAAAGGUCAUCUCCUGAUUACUUAUUUCUCUAUAAUGAAAGUGAAUGAGGACCAGGGAUGUUGAGUGCCAAAUGAAGAAGAAGAAGAAGAAAAAAAAGCACCAUAAAAGUGUAACUACUUUGGUCACAAUUUUGGUCUUUUCCUAACACCAAAAUAUUGUAAAGCCUCAGAACAGUUGGAAUAUAAUGCACAAGUUGUAUGAACCACUUUAAUGAUACUUUUAUUGUGCUUAUUGUCAUUUAGCACAGGAUCAGUCCCCAUUCACUUUUUUUUAUAUGAAAAAGAGUGGCCAUGAUAUUCUUCAAAAAUUCACCUUUUGUGUUCCACAGAAAGUCAUACAGGUUUGGAAUGACAGAAUUUGUAUUUUUGGGUGAAAUAAUUCUGUGUAAAAAGGGAUAUUUUUUUUGUUUUGUUAGUACUGUACAUGCCUUCUUUCUUUAGGCAUACUUAAUGCAUUUCUAAAGUUCUCCAUAAAGCAAUCUACUUUUUUUCUCUAGAAUGUAUGAAUUUGCAAGUGUAUAUUUAGACUAUAUUAAUGGAUGGCUUUUUCUGCAACCAGUAGCAGUGCGUGCUGCACAAUUGAGCAUAAUCUGCCCUGAUCCAGUUUUUUUUAUUUUUUUAGGACUAAUACUGAAUCAAAUUAGAUGCAUGUUUGAGUAAUGGGUGCUCAUUUACUUGUAACUUCAUUGAUUUGAAAUUGACCAAAAGUCCUUUUUCUCAACUGCUGUCAUAUGUAUUCAUAUAGUGCCAAAUACUUCACCAACAGUCCUUGUUCAAGAAUUACUCCAUUACAGACACAUUUAAUAAUUAAUUAAUAUUUCCUGUCACACUAAUUUGUAUUAAAGGAAUAGUUCACCAAAAUACUAAUCCUGUCAUUAUUUACCCUCAUGCCAUUCCAAAACAGUACGCCCUUAUUUUUUACAUUUUUUUUUUUUUUUUUUUUUUUUUUUUUGUGGAACACAAAAGUAGAAAUUUUUGUAGAAUAAUUUAGCAGUUUAGAUUCAAAACACGGUGUCAAUGUCUUUGAUGGCAAAUUUGCUUCAACACCGCACACUAUUUAAAACUGUGGAUGUGAACACAGGCUAGAGACGCACUUCAGUGGAGGGCAAGAUUAUCAGUGAAUAAUUAUUUUAAUUUCGGUCUGUUCUCCAUGCAGAACUUGCAAAACUUAUAGUAUGGUAUGGACUCCUUUUAUGGUGCUUUUGCAUAUCGACAGAUGUGAUCCCUAUGCAUAAAGAUUCUUAAAAAAUGUAUACUUUUCUGUUGCAUGUAAGAAAUAACAGUAUACAGAUUUGAAACAACAUGGGUGAGUAAAUGAUUACAGAAUUUUCAUUUUUAGGUGAACUAUUCCUUUAAAGUAUUAAUGUUUUUAUGGAUACAUGUGCUGCUCAUCAUGUUUUGACUUUGUUUUUCUGCUGUGCCCCCUCAUUUUUUGUGUGUUUUGCAAUGAUGGUACGACACUGAAAGCUUGGUCAGUUAAUCUUUAUCAGAUUAUAUUUUUGGUACACAAGGGUCAGCUUUGUGUUUGUUUAAUGCUCUUUCAGCAUGCCAGCAAUCAACUUGCUCGCUCACUGCACACUUUUUUUUUUUCUAAUCUAUGACCUCCAAGCUUAUUUUAAGCUCUUCCCACACAAUUACGAAAAGCGCACUCAUCCACUCUACUGUAACAAUGACUGAGUCUGUCAAGCAAUGUGUCUGAUCUAAAAUCAGCUACGGAGUACAAAGACACGUGGCGGCUGCCUUUCCAUUACACUGGUACGUCAGAGAACAGUUUAAUAUUACAAAAUAUUUGUGUUGCUUCGUGAUAUUUUAACGACUUCCUUGAGAUGUGCUCUCUUGUCUGGUGUAAUUUUCUGCACUGGGAAGAAGAUGAGACGAGACUAAAUGUCCUUGUGGAUUCUACCAUGAGGAGAUCUUGUUAACGGGGCCCUGAAAGUGAGGGCCCCGGUUGCCUCAGUCAGACUGUAAAGUGCUGAUGGUCUGGAAAUUUGCUAGAGAAAAACCACCAUUAGCUUUCCACGAACUGGAAUUUCAUGUUUUGUUUUGUUAUUUAGCCUGUGAUCACAUUAGCAUUUAUAUUCCUGGAAGCAAAGAUGCUGCCUGUUAAGCUCAUACUAAUUUUGACUCUGUGUGUUGGUUUAAAAUAUUUGAAAUGUUCUCAUUACUGCCAGCUGUAUGUGGUUUUUAAAAGGUCUGUUAAUAUGCAAAAUGUCGAUGACUAAUACAAUCUAUUUUUAUUUCAAAACAAAUGGUAGAAAAAGAAAGUAUUUGUCCACUCUGUUUUACAUUUUGCUCUUUGGUUAAACCAGUGCUUUGGAUGAAGCUAGUGAUUUAAGGAAUCUGUGUGAAAAUGUAUUAUAAAAUAUUUCAAAUUGUUAACAUUAUUUUUUGUUUUGCGUAUGCUAUACAGUUGGUUUAAUCUCACGAAACCUGUCAAGAACACAUCCCAGUCAUAUUUCACCCCUUGUAAAUAAAUUAUAUUUUGCAUAAAGAAUUAUCAUUACAGGUUUUUAAAAAAAAUUUUAUGACAAUAUUAGGUGCAUUUUCAUUACUGUAAUGCAUUAAAAAUGUCACAGUGUUUCACCCUUA